AUGGACCGCAGGAUGAACUUGAGUGGCGGCGCGGCUGCAGACAUUUUCCACAAAACUCUGAGCGCCGUAUCCGGUAAGAAGAUGGACCCCUUCAGAACCGGCAUGGAGCUUCCGCCGCGGGACCGCCACGACUCGCCCAUCGGCUGCUUCGACCACCAGGGCGACCCGGACCCCAUCCAGCCGGGCGGUCUGGCCGGGGUCCGAGGCGGCGCCCUGGGGUUACCCACCGGCUCUCUGUGCGUCAAGUACGGGGAGAGCGCCAACCGGACGCUGGCGGCAGCGGCGGCGGCGGCGGCGGCGGCGGCGGCGGCGGAGAGCAGCGGCGGUGAGCAGAGCCUGGACGACGACAGCGACGGCCGCUGCGACAUGGUGCUCCUGGCCGACCCUCGGACCGGCAUCCCGGGCAAGGCGGAGGGCGGCAAGAAGACCAAGGAGCAGAAGACCCUGCGGCUCAACAUCAACGCCCGGGAGCGGCGGAGGAUGCACGACCUGAACGACGCGCUGGACGAGCUGCGGGGGGUCAUCCCGUACGCGCACAGCCCCUCCGUGCGUAAACUCUCCAAAAUCGCCACCUUGCUGCUGGCCAAGAACUACAUCCUCAUGCAGGCGCAGGCCCUGGAGGAGAUGCGGCGGCUGGUGGCCUACCUCAACCAGGGCCAGGCCAUCUCCGCCGCCUCCAUACCGGCCACCACCGCGCUGGCCGCGCCGCCCGGCCUGGGCGCCUACGAGCAGCCGACCGGCUUCCCCUUCCCCGCCGCCGGGGUGGCGUCGUCCUCCUGCCCGGACAAGUGCUCCUUGUUCGGCUCGGCCGCCUCCAGCCUGUGCAAGCAGUGCACCGACAAGCCUUAGCCCCGCGCGGCCUCCGCUUCUUGGGACACUUUAGGAGACCGAGACCGGCAAGGUUAGCGACUUCUACCGAUCGAUACUUUUGUAAUAUUUACAUCUUUUUGGUUGAGACGAGACUUGAUUGUGUACAUAAGUCAUCCUUCAAGUGCUGCUGCGAAUGCGAGUGGAGACCAAACCAGCUUUUUUGGGACGUUUUUUGCU